AUGGAGGCUGAAGGUGCUAAAAUAUUGUGGAGCAGGUCUGUGGAACUUCACAAAAUUCGGUACAAGUGGAUGGUUUGUGACGGCGACAGUAAAGCCCAUGCUGCUGUUGAGGAUACAUAUGAUGAAUGCAAGGUUGAAAAGUUAGACUGUGUAGGACAUGUACAGAAGAGAAUGGGAAAACAUCUGAUGAAUCUUAAGUCAACUACCAAGGGCAAGCUUGCUGAUGGCGAAUCUAUCGGAGGACAAGGCCGCCUGACAGAGGUCAGGAUCAAGCGCAUCCAAAGAUACUACGGACUUGCUAUAAGACAAAAUACUUUAAAAAAGGCACACCCAACUGAAAGUGAAGUUAAUGUUGCUGUGUACACCAUGAAGAAAAAUAUUAUAGCUAUCCUUCAUCACUCCAUUCAGUCUAAAGACCUGGCUAAACAACAUCGCUUUUGUCCUGUUGGAGAGUCUUCAUGGUGCAAAUGGCAACAAGACAUUGCUACUGGAACGAACACCUACAAGCCAGAUGAUUGUCUACCAGGAGUGUUCUGUGAUUUGUUGAGUCCAACUUUUAUGACAUUGAGUGAGAGCAAGCUUCUUGAGCGAUGUGUGCGUGGUGCCACACAAAAUCGCAAUGAGUGUAUCAAUGCACUGGUAUGGGCUCGCUGUCCGAAGAACAAGCACCAUGGUGUCAAAUCUGUCCGUUGUGCUGUAGCCUCUUCCGUCUGUCACUUUCACAGUGGGGCAUCUUCUAAAGUAAGGGUGAUGGAAAGACUUUCCAUCCCAGCUGGA